CUUUUUCCCAUUCGUCGAUACAGCUUCAGGGAGAUCGUACCUAUUUCUUCACGAUCAGCUGAUUAUUGUUUUUCUUUUUUCCCCCAAAAAGAAAAACUCAUAGAAGUUAUGUCAGUAGAAAAAUUUGCAGUGCGAGUUAGUUGAUCUUACGUAGAUCCAUAGUGAAGAAAGAAUUAAAGAAGAGGAGGAAAAAAGGGAGAAAGAGUAUACGAAGAUCAAAUGUGUCAAUGACAAAGAGUGCGUGUAUGCGUAUGCGUAUGCGUAUGUAUUCUGCUACUAUCUUCGCUGAAAGGGUCUUAGAGUUGGUCGAAGCUGGAAAAAGAAUAAAAAGAGGUUGACGUUUCGCGGGUGGGGUGACAUCACUGUUCCCUUGGCUCUGUUGUCAGUCGCUUACAGAAUGACGCAGUAGACGGUUGCGCGAGGGUGGCAAGCGCCUCGCGGAAAGAAAAAUACGGCUCUUGUCGCGAAAGAAAAUAAUUGCCCAUGAAAGAAAAAUGUCUGCUGAUUCACCAAGACGUAAUGUGCAUAAAGGAGCUCAAGUUGUAUCACCUCAGCCAAUAGUUGAUCGUUCAAUUAUUGAUAGCGUUGCUGGAAUUAUAAAUGAUAUAGUUCCACAGGCAUAUACUACUGCCCCUAGCACAGAUAACAAAGAAUCCAUAAGUUGGGCUAGAUUUGAAUAUGCGGAUAUAAAUGAUCCAGCGUUAUAUCCUGAUUUUAAUGAAGGGUCAAGUACACCGCCAUUGUUGUUAGUACUUGGCUAUUCAACUGGUGUACAGGUAUGGCUAAUAGCAGCAACAGGAGAAGCAACAGAAGUGUUAUCAUGGCGACAAGGAAUAGUGCGUACCUUAAGAAUUUUACCAAAUCCGAAGACUGACUCUGAACAUGCUGAUCCAUUUGAACCGAAACGGCCAUUAGUAGCGAUAUGCGACUCGGCUGGACCGGGACCACAGUUUUGCAAUAUUAGCUUCAUUUCGCUAAAAACUGGCGAACAAACAAAAAACAUAAAGUUUAAAAAUCCUGUCUGUGACAUUCUGGCAAAUAGAAGAUCCAUAGUUGUAACAUUUUUAGAGAAGAUUGCUGUCUUUGAUGCAAGAACAUUUGAAGAUAUUUUAACAGUAACUACUUGUUAUCCUAGUCCUGGACCAAAUCCCAACCCUGUUGCAUUAGGAACUAGAUGGCUUGCUUACAGUGAAAAAAAGUUAUUGCCUGCUAGAAGAAGCAGUGGUGGCUGCGAGGGUGAAGGUGUACAAAGUUACACUGCAACUGUUUUAUAUGCAGCAAAGUCUUUAGGAAAAGGUCUGCGUGGGUUAGGAGAAACAGUAGCGUCAAGUUUAACAGGAAAUUCAGUGUCACCGUUAGCUGUUAAUAAUAUGGGCAAUGACAUAACGCAACCAGGUGUAGUCAUGAUUUUAGACCUGCAAGCUGCAAAGGAGGAAAAGGAUCUGGAUGAUACAUCUAUAGAGACAGUAAUUGCUCAUUUCACUGCCCAUAGUGAUGCGAUCGUUGCCAUGACUUUUGAUUUAACUGGUGCAUUAUUAAUGACGGCUGACAAACGUGGACAUGAUUUUCAUAUAUUUAGAAUUCAGCCUCAUCCUGGUGGUCCUACAUUGGCAGCAGUUCAUCAUCUUUAUAUUUUGCAUCGUGGAGAUACCACAGCUAAAGUACAAGACAUGACAUUCUCAGCUGAUACUCGUUGGGCUGCUGUUUCAACCGUUCGGGGAACUACUCAUGUUUUCCCAGUUGCACCUUAUGGUGGAUCUGUAGGAGUGAGAACUCAUUUGACUCCACAUGUAGUAAAUAGACUUUCACGGUUUCACAGAAGUGCAGGCUUGACGGACGAUGGUACCAGAUCUCAUUCUCCUGUUUCUCAUACUGAAUUACCUUUAUCAGUCUAUCCUUAUUCCAAUCCCAGACUUCCACCAUAUCCUCAUCCAACAAUCCUGCAUCCUUUAGCACAAAUUAGACAGCCAUCUUCAUUGAAUCACGUCAACAGCCAAGCUCAACCACGACCUCAGCAAAGGCAGCGGCUUCAUUCUGACGAUAGUGGUACUUUACCUUUAAAGAUAUGUGCUUGCUUUGCUCCACCUAGAGCUUGGAUUUAUGCGCAAAGAGACUCUGGUAGCAAGGUUGCAAAAAGAGCAGUAGAUUCUUUGUUUAUUAUGGCAUGCCAUGGAAAUAUGAUACAAUACGAUCUAGAGCCUAAACCUGCUACUGGAGUUCCAAAAGAAAAAGUAUGUGAUGAUACAAUGAUAGAACUAGAAGUUGAAGCUAAAGGUCAAUGGCCUCUCCUAAGGUCUCCAAACUCUGUGGAAAUUGUACCACCCUUAGCAUCAUCAAGUCCUUUAUUUAGCGUCUCUACUGUACCCAACAACGUUCAGCCUCUUGAUACAAGCGAAGAUGGUUGGUUAAGUCAGGUGGAAAUUGUAACGCAUGCUGGACCACAUAGACGGCUAUGGAUGGGACCACAGUUUGUUUUCAAAACGUAUAAUGCACCUAGUGGGGUUUCUGUAAACUUGGUAGAAGCAGAGGCAGUAGAGAUUGGAAUUACAGGUGGUUCACGUCCAGCAAGAUCAAAUCCUGUUAAUAUGCCACAUGCAGCUUCUAGACCUUUAGUUCCAGUUGUUAUUGAUGGUUCAGGAAGCAGUUAUGAACAAUCACCAAGAUUUAUGGAAGCUUAUGGGGAUUCAUUAGAUAAUGAACAUAUUGGAGUUGGCAGUGGUGAAAAUCAAUUAAGAGAAGAUUUGGCGGAAGCUAUGCUUGAAACAUCAAUUGCUCCACAUCGUGCACCUGGGAGGCGCUCGGUAUUUGAGAGGGUGGGUCAGCCAGUAACUAAAGUCGUCAACCCUCUUGGCACCGUGAUAACCGUGUCUGCUGACGAAGAGGACGUCAGCUCUAGUCAAGAGUUCGAUUCCGCGGAGGAGAAUCUAGUUCCUGAAGCACCGAGGAGCGUUUGCGCAGAAGAGGGGCCGGCCUCGCUCGGUGAUCUUGAGCCACCGUGUUAUCAAACGUUACGUGAUCUAACAGAGAUCUGUGCUGAGAUGCGUUCUGCCAGCGAGCCAGCGAUUGACAGCGUACCGGACGAGAAUAUUCGAGACGUUAAAGAAAGAAAGGAGCUUUGCGUCGAAGUGGCAUCGAUGAAGUCGACGGGAAAUUGUUCUAUCGACUUUGAGAGAGAGGACGCCUUUCGGGACGUUCCAAGUGGUCUGAGUCUUUGCGCCGAACAAGGUGAGAUACCGAGCAGUCCCAUGACACAAGCCAAAGAGAGUACUGCUCGAUCUAAAAGAAGUAAUAAAUAUGAACAUGCUGAAACUCAAGAAAAAAGCAUAGCCAAAGCUAAAUACGUUGUUAAUUACGACGAGGACAGCGUCGUACUAAUGGAGAACAGGCUGUCUUGUGAAAAAGCUAAUCUACAAAUGCGAGCCAAGGAUCAACAAACCUUCUCUUACUCCUCCUCCUCCUCCUCUUCAUCCUAUUCACGCCAGCAAAAUAAUGCUGAGAAAACAACGAAGACGUCGAAACAACCUUUUAAAGAAUUGAGAACGCGAAUCGACAAAUACAUUGUACAGGAACAAGACGAUAGUGUCGUUAUAGAGGAUCCUACUCGAUGCAUAGAUACAAAGAAUAGUUGUAUCGGUAAAAAACAUUGUGAUGUAUCGAAAGAAGAUAAAUGUGAGUCAAACGAUGAAUGUGCUUCAAAAAUCGAUCGAGAGUCUCAGAAGGUAACUGAAAACUCGAAAUGCAAAUCUAAGUUGAAGGAUACGGAUAUGAUCAAAGAAUCAGAAGAUUGCAGUGGCAGCACUGAUCGAUCCUUCGUAGAAUUAGAUAAACCUAAUGCUAAUGCUGAUGAUGUUACGAACGUUGAAUGCAAAGAAGAAAACGAGGCAAUUCCAUCAGACGACUUCAAUUCUAUGGAAUACCAUUUGGUGGAUAGCAAUUGUCCCAUCAAAGACUCCACGGUGUCCGAUCACUCGGACGAAGACAUUGAACAUAUUCAACGUUCGGAAUUAAUGCGUGUCCGUGAAUCCGACCGUGAGAAUUCAGAAAAAUCCAUGGAUUUACCUAGUUACUCCGAUUGCUCACCUGUUACUCAAAGAAAAAAUAGUAAAAGUACCAUAUCUGACGACGAUCUGGAAUAUAUACAUACCUCGGAACUUACCGAAAUGCCUGAUAAUAAAUAUAAUUUGGGAACGACGUCCAGCAAUGUUGAAAAAUCUGACGAGGAUUGCUCCAUAUCGUCUAAGGGACAGAGCAAACAUACAUUGUCUUCUGACGACGAUCUCGAACAUGUUCAGCAUUCCGACGUUUGCGCGUCCACGUUAGAAACAACGUGUCCAACAAAGGUGGAUGAACAAAAUUCUAAUGUUAAAUCACAAGAAACUAUUCGAGGCUCCAAAUCGAAAGCUACUAAAAGGCGAAAAGAUAUUUUUGUGAUUGAAGAUAACACUACUGACAAAGUAGAAGUAACAGUUAUGGUCGAUCCUAUGGACAAAUGGAUUGCAUCGACUAAACAUUUCGAUAAGAACAUGAUAGAAGAAACACAGCACUCCGCUAUUAACGAGAAACGUUUUGGUUCUGUAGGUAAAUCUUCGGAGACUAUUCGUGGAGAACAUGUAGCGAGUAAAUUGAAAGGUACGAAAAAACGAAAAGAUAUCGUCGUUAUAGAAGAAGAUUCGAAGGAAGUCAGUAAAAUGGAAUUUCAGAAGCAAUGGUCAAUUUCAAAAAAAUGUCAAGAAAAGAAUAUCAAUGAUGAAACUCAGAACAUUGAUACUAAAGAGGUAGUAUCAACGUCCAAUCAGAAGAAAAGUACAAUAAAUUUUCCAAACGUGCAAGAAAGUAUUCAAUUGGAACAAACUUGUAAAUCAAAAAUUAAUAAGAAACCGAAGGAUAUCAGCUGGGUGGAUAUCCACACUAAACAAGCAUGUAAAAUGAAAGGAAAUAAAAAGAAGAAGGAUGUCGAGGUAAUCAAUGAAAUAUGGGGAACUGAGCAGAAUCUUCUAGAAAAAGAUCCGACGGAAGAUAUAGACAGAAGAUGUGAAUCGUGUGAUCAAGAAACUACAAGAAACAAAUCUAAAAUUUUAUCCGAAGAACUCGACAAGUGUUCGGAUCAAGAAACGACGAGUCUGUUAGAAGGACCUGCUAGAAGAGCAAUGAAAUCACAAAGCUCGAAGUCAUCCGUAUCCACUAAUCUUUUAACAAAAAGAUCGCAAGCUAAUGAUAUUGAGAUUAUAGACAUGGAUUCUACGCAGAAAGUCAAAAUGACUUGGAAUCAGAUGUUAUCAUCCCGUCGUAAAACAGUGAGCACGGUCGCGAAAAAGCCAAGGGAUAGUUUAAGAACAACGGACGCAGCCGAUUUCGAUGCAAAACCAUUGUUCUUUUGUUCGCGAAAGGUAACGGCUGAAAAAUUGCAAGAAGCAGCUGAGGAAUUGAAUGCGAACGUGGAGAUGCAAAAGAUCGAGGAGUUAUCUCCUAACCCGAGGGUCUGUUGGAGCUCGAUGUUUAAGAAAAAGAAUGUACCCUCUAUCGAAAGUGAGACUUCUCGUAAGGAAUCUGAUCUCGAACCUUUGGUAGAAGUUGAGGAGAAAUUCGAAGAGAAAUUGAAGUUACAAAGUACGUCUCAAAUCGACGAAAACGUAGAUGGCGAAAUGAUUAAAAUAAGUAACGAAGAGGAUAAGACGGCCGAAGUUAAAAUUACGGAAGAAGAGGAGAUAAUAAUGGUGGACGAAGAGAAGAUUAAUUAUGAAGAAGAAGAACAAGAACAAGAUAUAAAUCUUCCGAUGGAGUCGACCUCAUCCAAAGAGAAUUCUCCUGAGUCUGAUUAUCAGCAAGAGAAGAGAAGAAGCGAUUCCGAUCAAGAAAUCAUACCAGAACGUUCGAGCUCUCCCGACGAUUUAAAUGCUAAUGGUGGGAGUCAGUCGGUCGCAAGCUACGAAGAUCUAAGUUCGAGUAGUUUCAGUUCUGCGAGCAGAGCAUCAUUAGAUGCAAGAAGUUCACCGACUCCUUCUUAUGGUGCCGAGAAUAUGAUGGUAUUCCCUGGGGAUAGUAGUGGCUCCAUUUGAGAUUACUUGAGGUGCGCAGCUCUUGUACCGAAGUGGUUGCGCUGCCUCAGAUAAAUCGAACGAUCUAUUGUUCGCCUUUUCAAUCUUUUUUUUUAUUGUUCAUCUAACAAAAAUAGCUCAUCGUUAUUAGAUGAGAUCUAUGUUAGAACUGAGUUUUGAUUUUGGUUUGUGGACGGAUCUCUAUCUAUCUCUCUCUCUUUGUUUCUCUCUCUCUCUCUCCCUCUUUCUUUCUCUCUUUCUCUAUAUAUAUAUCUAUCUUUCUAUUUCUAUCUCUUCUUAUUUAGAGACUCUUAUGUUAUCUUAUUUGUGUUAAACAAACGAAUGUAAUAACGUGAUAACGAUGGGCAAUCUCUCAUUUUUUUUACGGAAGUAUUGCAUUUUGAAGUGACAAAUUUGAAAAGCUACUUAUAAUUAAAAUAGUACAGUAAUUGCUAUAUGGCAUAUCUAUUAGGAAAGAUCUUUAUAGCAUCAUGAAUUGAUCAAGUAAAAGUGUAUAAGAAAAUAAUUAAUUUUUUUUGUUCUUUUUGGAUAAUCAAAUAAUUAAUAUGUAAUAGAAAGAUUACUUGAGUUGUAUUCUAUAAAUUCUUUAUAAGAUGUUCUGUAUUAAAUGUUUCCAAUUAAUUUUAUAAUUCCUUAUACUUGAUCAAUUUAUUUGUUAAAAGAAUGAAGUAUGCUUUUACGAAACGGUAUAAUCAAAUACAAGAAGGAUGAAACGAGAGAGAAAGUUGUUGACGAAACGAAGAAAAUAAUAAUUACAUAAAACAUCGAUGAUCUUAACUCUCCUCUGGUUUUCCAUUUUUAAAACAAGUUCCUUUGUUUCUACAGUCUACGCUUGCAUUCGUCAUUUGUGUGAUCGAAUAUUAAAAAUGUAUUUUUCGUCACGACGUUGCGGCUUAAUGGAAAAAAAGGAAAAGAAAAAAAAGAAAAAGAAAAUGAGAUGGACACGAGAGAAAAUUUCUCAACUUGUUUUUCGCUAUUAGAAUUUUACGAUAUUCUGAGAAAGACACAGUGAGAUUAUCACAAUAACUAAAGUUUAAGAGCCGAAUGUUGCAUUUCUUUCAUUACCAUCAUUUUCUUUCAAGUGCCUCUACUAUGCUUUUAUAUAAAAUUUUAUGUUUCAUAUAUAUGUAUAUAAAAUACAAAAAAUAUAUAUAUAUAUCGAGAAUAUCCGUGAUAUAUAAAGGAAAAUAAUGUCAACGUAAAGUUGGUUCCUAUUCCAUUAUACGUUGAUAUAUAACAAAAUAAUAGCACGUUAUCUUUAAGAUAGAAGAACAGGAAUGCACAAACGACAUUUUUCUAGUAACAAAUAGAAUAAAUAAAUUAUCUAUUUCUCAAGAGACUGAAGAUCGUCUCGUUUGAUUAUCAUCUAUCUCACUUUUUUAUCACGAAUUUCACCUUAAAAAAAAAGAAAAGAAAAGUAAAACCAUCGAAAUAGUUUCCAAUUGAUCUCUAUAGAUCACAGUUUGCGUAUUCCUGGUCUAGAGGAAUCUGUAUGCAUACAGAGGACAUGAGUGUGUAAAAGCGUUCAAUGUAAUUGUUUAAUCAUUUUGAUAUAUAAUUAAUAUUGCAGCAUUUAUUAAUUAUACGAAAAAAAAAGAGAAGAGAAGAAAAGAAAUGUCGCGGCAAUCCAUAUAGUUGUUAUAUACACAUGAAUUAGCUUAAUGAGUACGAUGUGAACUCGAGUUUCUUUUCAAAUCUCGUUUUACGCUUUAUAAUCGAUUAAUACGAGUGUAAAACGGUCAGAAAAAAUGUCGAAAACGUGAAAGAAACGUUAUUAAAAAAAGCAUAGAAAAAAAUCAGGGAUAGUACUCGAGCCAAACAUGAUACAUGUAAAUAGAAACAAAAUAGACGAAAACAUGAAGUCGUUUCGACUGUAUGUACGUCGAUAAAGAAUGAAGCCGUUAUAAUUAAUUGUACAAAAUCUAAUACAACUCUCUCCUUCUCUUUUAUUUUAUUCUUCUUCUCUUUGAUUUUGUAUUUUGUCUUAAACGACGUACAUGCAUAUACGAUUAAAAAAAAAAAGAAAAAAAAAGUAGAGCGCUUGUGCCCGCGGACUGCAACUCCUGGACUCGAAAAUAGAUUUAAAAAAAAAAGGAAAAAAAAAUAAUAAAAAAGAAAUUUAGAAAGAAAACGAAAAAAAAAGAGGAAAGCGCAUUGCCUAGAAUUAUAUCAAACGUUGUAUGAGGUAUCAUUUAUUUUGUUGCGAGAGACAAUAGUCGCAGUAGAAUCUUGUUGUGUAAGUAAGAAAAAUUAUUGUGCUACACAAAAAGGUCGAAUUUGAACACAGCUUAGAGUUAUUAUUCGUCGAUAGGAGAACUGCAGAAAAGCAAACGAAAGCAACAUCUAUUUCUCCCUCUCCUCCUUCUCUUUCUCCCUUCAAAAGAAAGAUCAGUGAUAUUCACAAAUACAUAUUUAUUCUUAGAGAACUUAGCCAGGGUAAAUUGAUUAAGAUUUCGACUUAGAUAUUUUUCGAUACCUACGAAUAGAUAAGGAAUUUUUCAUUCUCAUAAAUCGCGUAGUAAAGUUACACGUGUAUAUUUGUAAAGAAGUUUUUGACAAUUAAAUUCUCCAAAAAAUUAUGUAUUAAACGCUGAAGAAGAAGAAGAGCGUUUGAGAGAGAGAGAAGAAAAACAAAAAUAGAACGUAUGUACACGUACGUAUAUUUUUCUAUCUCUUGUUUUCUAAUGGCCCCACUACUGUGUGUCUAUUAAAAUUCCUAACGAACAAACGGACAAAGCGCGAGCUAGUAGGCUCCGGUCCGCGGCGCACAAUAAAUUAUAAUCGUAUUUUAAUAACUAUUAAUUAUUAUACUAAUUAUAUAUAUAUAUAUCUACAUAUAUACAUAUAUAUAUAUAUAUAUAUAUAUAUAUAUAUAUAUAUAUACAUAUAAUAUCUUAGUAGAGAGCUUAUGUAAACAUGUACACAUCUAUCUCGCCUUUUUUUUGAGCGUAGAACUUCUGAGAUUCGUGGAAAGCAUCUCCUCUCUCUUCAUCACUAUCUAAAAUGUCUUAUAUAUCGUUUAUAUUUUCUGUAAAAGAAAAACAAAAUAUUAUAUAAGAAACAUUUAUUAUUAUGUUACUUUGAAGUCGUAAUAGAAUUGAGAGAUUAGGAUUGGUUGAUUCAAUAUGAGACAAUGUAUAAGAAUAAUUAACUUAAAACAAUAUUCUUCCUCGAUUAAGCGACGACGUUCUAUGCGUUAGAUAAAAUCUGCGAGAUUAUCAAAAAGAAAAAGAGAAACGAGGAGUACGGAAUACAUAGUUAUGUCUUAUUUACAAUCAGAGAGAUUCAAAUAGAAUUUUAUAAAAAUUCUUUCUUGAAACGAUAUAUGGUGCUUUAAUCAAAAAAUAUUAAUAGUGAGAAAAUAUUAAUAGUGAGUUAAUCUCUUAUAAUAUUAAACGAUUCGAGAAACCGGACGGACGAUGACGACGCAUUUAGGUCUUUUCUCUUCGAAGUCACAUCGAAUAUUGUCGAAAAGAGUAAGUUUCGAGGACACGCUCGAUUUAUUAUUGUUAUAUUAUAAACAAACAACGUUUAAGAUCGAGUAUCAAAAUCAAAGCAAGUCUCUACGUCUCGGUCAUAAUAGAUCCAAACAUCGUACGGUGAAGGUUAACGCUAGAUAACGAUACAGUUGUUCGUAUUAAUUGUAAAAGAUUACAUGGUUCAUUUUUACGUAAAAAUCAUACGAGUAUGUGAUCGAAUUAUUUUACAAUAAUAUUUAAUCUUGUACGAACAGUUAAUGUAUAACGAUUUGUGUGUGAAACGGAACAACAAAUUGGCAAUUAUUUUCUUUAUAAAUUAAUAUGCGAUCGAUUAUUAUACAUAUAUAUGUAUAUAAUAAAUAUAUUAUACAUAUAUAUAUAUAUAAUAAAUAAUUAGUAUUAUAUAAACAAUAUCGUCGAUCACACUUCAGUCGUUAUUAUAAAAAAGACUAAUACGAAAUAUUGAUAAAAAUUCUUCGAUGGGGUGUGCUUCAAUCAAAAAAAAAAAAAUUUGGAAAGUUAAAUAUCUAAUAUUAUGUGAUUUUUUACAUCGAGCAACGAGCAUUGCUUUUCCACGUCUCAUUUAUACAGAUAAACAGAUGAUUUCAUUCUAAUUGAGCAUCUUCCUCCCGAGACGCAUUACUUGUUCAUAUUUAAUCUUUAUCUUUCUAUUCGAUUUAAGCAUAUUAGCGAUUUGAGAAACAUAAUCGCAGAGCAUAAUCGUUAGAGAGUCAACCUUGUACAUUCCAUGAAACUUCAUCGAUCUAUUGUUCGAAUUGUCGUAAGAAAAAAAAAAAAAAUCAUACAUAUAUGUUUAAAAAUAACUUAUGUUUGAUAUAGAAACAUAUGAAAAUUGUCGUGAUUCUGCAUCUAUAGAAACACGGAACAUACGAUAUACGUAUUUCUUCUUAAAACAUCGCACUUGUAAGUACUUGAUAUUGCACUGUUUGAAAACAAAACAAAACAAGAAAUACUGUGAUUGAUCACGAGAUGUGUGUCUAUCUCUGAUUAACGAGGAAACAAAAGUGGAGACUGAACAAUUCUUUUUUCGAAUUUUUUUCGCGGUCUUCUCUUUUCUUUUUUCCCUCCAGUGGUCGAGUAACGACAUUUUUGUUUCCCACGUUUUACGACAUAUUAUAAAUUUUAAAAACAAGCACACGGACGAACAGUCUCCUAGAGAAUCUUUUUACGAGAUUUCGCGGUGUCGUUUGUUACGACAAUGAACAGAGGAUCUAUGUAUUUCAUUGACUAAACGAUAAUUCAUUUAAAGCUACAGUUGCAAAUCCCUGUAUACAUCAGAUUUAUAAGCUUGUUAUACCAACAUUUAUACGAUAUGCAUUUCGAUUAUUCUCUACCAUUCGGUGUAGCCUUAUAGAUAUUAUUCGAGUUAAUGAGUUUGUUUCUUUGUAUUUGAAAAAAAAAAACAUUCUUUUUUUAUUCCAAAAACAUCAAUUAAAAAUUUCUACAAUAUUCA